AUGUCUCCCCCCGUUUCCAUCCCGGCUUCUAAGUGCUACAACAUCGCCUCCAUCCCGGCCGACGGCAUCGGUCCGGAGGUGGUGGAAGCUGCCAUCGUGGUGCUGAAGCAGCUUUCCGAGACUCUGGGCUCCUUCACAAUCGACUUCAAACACUACAACUGGAGCUCCGAGACGUACAAGAAGACGGGGAAGUACAUCCCAGACGGUGGAUUAGACGAGCUUAAGAAGCACGACGCUAUUCUUUUUGGUGCCGUCGGUGCACCUGACGUCCCCGACCACAUCUCCCUCUGGGGCUUGCGCCUCGCCAUCUGCCAGCCCUUCCAGCAGUACGCCAACGUCCGCCCGACGAAAGUCUUCAAGGGCACGCAAUCCCCCCUGCGCAACUGCAAGGUCGGCGACCUGGACUGGGUCAUCAUCCGCGAAAACAGCGAAGGCGAGUACGCGGGACAGGGCGGACGAUCCCACCGUGGCCGGGCUUGGGAGUCGGCCACCGAGGUCUCGGUAUUCACUCGCCACGGCGUCGAGCGCAUCAUGCGGUUCGCGUUUGAGACGGCGCAGAAGCGGCCGCGCAAGUUGUUGACGUUGGUCACGAAGAGUAAUGCGCAGCGGAAUGGUAUGGUGUUGUGGGAUGAGGUUGCGGUGAUCGUGGCGAAGGAUUUCCCGGAUGUAACGGUGGAUAAGAUGUUGGUUGACGCCAUGACGUGCCGGAUGGUGUUGAAGCCGGAGUCGCUUGAUACUAUUGUCGCUACCAACUUGCACGCCGACAUCCUUUCGGAUCUGGCUGCUGCAUUGGCAGGCUCCAUCGGCAUUGCGCCUACAUCCAACCUGGACCCUACGCGCGAGAACCCCAGCAUGUUCGAGCCCAUCCACGGGUCAGCGUUCGAUAUCACCGGUAAGGGCAUCUCGAACCCGGUGGCCACAUUCUGGACCAGUGCCGAAAUGCUCGCGUGGCUCGGCGAGGAUGAUGCCAGCAAGAAGCUUCUGGAUGCGGUUGAGCGUGUCUGCGAGAAGGGAAUUGUGACGGCAGAUCUAGGCGGCAAGGCGAGUACCGUUGAGGUCACAAAUGCUGUUGUUGAGGAAAUUAAGAGCUCGUAUGGCAAGGCUGCCAAGACAGCGUAG